AUACUGUUGCAUAGCGUACCAUAAGACAUCUCUACCGACCACAGCACUUGCACGCCUAGCAACCCAACCGUCAGUGCAGGCAGUUGUAUCCAUUUAGGGCCCAGGAUUCUCGACACUCCAGCUAAAUGCGAAGCAUUGUGGUCAUCUCCUCCAUCUUCAACUAGUGGAAGCGCCGCGAAACCACCAGUCAUUAGUCUCUAGAUGAUUAGCCAGGACAAGAAAGCCAGAAAUAAGACUCCAGUUAGUUAUGUAGCCAGAAGUAGACACUGGGUAGACAGGGGAAUGAAUUCAACGACGUGGUCGCUGGCAGUCGCGAUGAGCAAGAUUGCUUGAAGCGUGUCAUAUUUGGCCAUAACAUCUGCAACGGUUAAAUAAUCCAUUAACCACAACUGUAAUUGAACGUGUCAAUCAAGAGAACGUUCCGACAUGGCCAGCUUGAUCGCUAUCCUGGACCUCAAAGGCAAACCACUCAUUCAACGUUCAUACCGAGAUGAUGUACCUCCAUCAUAUGUCGAGAGAUUCUUGCCCAUUGUGCUCGAUUUGGAGGAGGAGGGACAACAGGUUACGCCUUGCUUCUCUAGGGAGGGAGUGAACUACAUGCACAUCCGACACUCGAAUCUUUACCUCCUUGCGAUGUCGAAACGCAACACCAAUGCUGCGGAGAUUAUCCUCUUCCUACACCGCUUUGUCCAAGUCCUCGUCGAGUACUUCAAGGAACUGGAGGAGGAAUCCAUCCGUGACAACUUUGUCAUUAUUUACGAACUUAUGGACGAAAUGAUGGACUUUGGAUACCCUCAAACGACCGAAAGCAAGAUCCUCCAAGAAUACAUUACACAAGAAUCUUACAAACUCGAAGCACAAGUACGACCACCCAUUGCCGUCACGAAUGCGGUGUCAUGGCGUUCGGAAGGUAUUCGAUACCGGAAGAACGAAGUAUUCUUGGACGUUAUUGAAAGUGUCAAUCUCUUGGUAAACGCAAAUGGUAACGUCGUCAGGUCAGAAAUUCUAGGCGCGGUCAAGAUGAAAUGCUAUUUGUCGGGUAUGCCUGAACUUCGGUUAGGCUUGAAUGACAAGGUCAUGUUCGAAAGCACUGGACGAACUGCUCGAGGGAAGGCAAUCGAGAUGGAGGAUGUCAAGUUCCACCAAUGUGUUCGUCUAUCACGGUUCGAGAACGACCGUACCAUUUCGUUCAUCCCUCCAGAUGGCGAAUUCGAACUCAUGUCAUACCGACUUUCAACUCCUGUCAAACCUCUUGUUUGGGUAGAAGCCGCCGUUGAACACCACAAAGGUAGUAGGGUAGAGUACAUGGUCAAAGUCAAAGCACAGUUCAAGCGACGAAGUUCCGCAAACAACGUCGAGAUCUACGUACCUGUACCAGACGACGCUGAUACGCCCAAGUUCAGGGCUGCAACUGGAACUGUACAAUACGCACCAGAUAAGUCUGCCUUUGUCUGGAAAAUCAAACAGCUUGGAGGCGGUCGAGAAUUUCUUAUGCGAGCACACUUCGGUCUUCCAAGCGUGCGAGGGGAACACGACAGUAUGGAUAAACGAGCACCAAUCACUGUCAAGUUCGAGAUCCCUUACUUCACCGUCUCCGGCAUCCAAGUCCGAUACCUCAAGAUCGUCGAAAAGAGUGGUUACCAAGCCCUACCUUGGGUCCGGUACAUCACGCAAAAUGGUGACGACUAUAGUUUGCGGACAGCGCAUGAGAAGGGUAGUGCACCCAUCGCACCGAUAUGAUGUGGAGAUGACUAUUUUGUCUGUAUUUCUUUUUAUUAUCUGGAGUAUACUAUUCGCUGGCGAC